AUGACACUAAAAACAUACGAUCUGAGCGUUCCGCUGGCUCGGAAUCCUGUGAUCGUUGUCACUGUGUUUGGAGUCGUAGCAACUCUCACAACUGUCUCCAGGUUCCUCGCCUUGCGAAUGAGAAAUGUGAAGCCAGGGGCUCCAGAAUACCUGAUCAUUGGUGCUCUGGUAAGGAGUGAUGAACUGUACAAAAGUUUCGUGGCUAAAUUCGCGGCGCAGGUUAUCGUCUAUAUUUUUAUAGCUAUUCAAUAUAUCUUGUCCAUCCUCGGUGGUUGUGGCAGACGCAUCACUGAAGUUGAUCCCGCGUCCGCUGUGGUGACGCUCAAGACCAUCUUGCCACUCGAGGCAUUGUACGGGAUCGCCAUGUCUCUCGUUAAGACCUCGAUCAUGCUUUUCUUUUUCCGCAUAUUUGGGAGUAAGCGUUCAUUCCGCAUAAGUGUUGCAGUUGUGAUGGCCAUUGUGUGGAUGUGGGCAGUCAGUGUCAUCCUUGAGACUUUGCUUCUCUGCCGGCCACUUGCAUAUAACUGGGACGCCACAAUCGAUGGCGUGUGUGGUGAAAAGAACGCAACGUUUGUCACCGCAGGUACCUUGAAUCUAGUGACCGACCUGAUGGUCAUGGCACUGCCAAUCCCGCAUAUCUGGAAACUAAGACUCAGCGUGCCCAAGAAGCUCGCACUCUGUCUCGUUUUCUGCAUGGGUCUUCUGGUUUCCGUGAUCAGCAUUGUUCGCCUCGCAUCCUUGGUGGCAAUCGACUUCACAGAUAUCACAUAUUCGGUACAAAUGGGCGUCAUGUGGACAGUUCUAGAACCGGAGCUCGCCAUCAUCUGUGCCAACAUGCCUGUUAUGAAGCCGAUAUUGUCCCGCGUGUUUCCAAAUCUCUUCCCGUCUUCGAAGCGGAGAACUCACAGGAUCUCUGGUCCUCAGGUCUUUGAGCGUCUCGAUGAGCAUGGCGUUUACCCUCUCGAUCCCGUUGGACAUAGUCACCUCGGGGCAGAUAUCUCAGCCGGAUGCUCUCAGCCAAAGAAGGACUAUACGACCGCGACCAUGGAAAGCAUGGAUGAGAUGCCAAGGGAUUCUGACCAGCAGGGCCUUCGUGAAAAUGCGCAGUCUCCAGACGGCAUCAAUGUCACGAAACAUUUUGACAUAAAAUAUCACCAGUAG